AUGUUAAAUUUUUUCAUUUAUUUUGUUUUAGUAUUUAGUUUCACCAUAGCUAAGCAAAUAAGUGGAGUGUUUACUUCAUUUGAUUCAUUGGUAUGGAAGAAGGCUGCUAAUUACCCCUUUCCGGCACCUCAGUUCCCCAGUUGGAUAGCAACAUUAUCUUGGAAAAUUAAAGGAAGUAAUAUGCUGGCUGGAGAUACAUUUACCUUGACCAUGCCCUGUGUAUUCAAAUUUACAACUAGUCAGAGAUCGAUAAACUUGAGUUUAGGGACGACAAAUUACGCAACAUGCACUUUCAAUCCAGGAGAUAUUGUAGUUGCAUUUUCCAAAUUAGAAUGCGUGCUUCUGAACUCAGUUAAUCCUCGGACCGAUUCUUUUGGUACAAUAAAUUUUCCAAUUACGUUUAAUACUGGAGGUUCUGCGCUAGAUACAGAUAUACAAGAUUCAACUUGUUUUGUGAAUGGUAAGAAUGUUGUGACCUUUCUGGAUGGAAAUAAUAAGAUUUCAACACUGGUGUUAUUCUCUGGUGGUUCAAAUGAGGACCCGGAACAAGUUGUAUUUAAAUCUCGGGUGAUACCCACCUUAAACAAACAACAACAUUUUCUUUUAGCUGGAAAUUGUCCUAGUGGUUACACAUCUGGUACUCUUGGAAUGCAAAUAGUGAGUCUUGGCGCAACUAUUGAUUGUAGAUCCAUUCAUAUGGCUAUAACUAAUUCCUUGAAUGAUUGGUUUAUGCCCAAGAACACCAAAUUAAAAUUUUCCCACACCUUUGUUUGUGAUCCAGUAACUUUUGUUCUUACCUAUCAAAAUAUCCCAAAAGGAUACCGCCCAUUCAUUGAUGCUCUUGUUAGUGUUAUUCUUGGAAGUAAAGUCACGGUAAUUUAUCUUAAUAAUUACAUAUGCUCUAAUAAAUUGGGGCUAGUAAAUAAUGACAGAUUUAUCGAAUGGGGACCAUAUACCAAUAAUGAUGCUGGAGGUAAUGGGGAAGCAGUUGAAAUUAUUACUAAAACUUAUACUGGACUGACUACUCAAAUAAGUACAAUGCCAUUUGCCACAUCUCAUGACAGAACAAAAACAAUUGUUGUUGAAGUUCCUGUUCCUACUAUUACCACAACUACAACCUACAUUGGGAUAUCAACGUCUUUUGCAACACUGUCAGCUUUGCCUGGAUCCACAGCUCGUGUGGUUGAAUAUGAUCCAGUACAUACUACCACCACUAUUAAUACUUGUUGGCUGGGGCAAACAGGAACCUUUACUACUACAUAUUCAACUUCUACAUGGGCUACUGAUACUGAACUUAUAGUUAUACCAUGUUUAAUCUCUUCUACCAUUAGU